UAAGGACCAUGUGGUCCACUAUUCAGACUCUUAGAAAGAAGAGUGGAUUUGGUUGGGAUGAUAAUCUAAAAAUGAUAACUUGCGACGCUAAGACAUACCAAGAAGAAGUCAUGGCGCAUCGAAAGCAUGCGGAGUAUCUAAACAAAAAAAAUUGAGAUGUAUGAUGAAUUAGCGAUUGUUGUGGGGAAGGACACAGCCACGGGUGGCUUUUCUAAGUCCUAUGUGGAUAUUGAGAAUGAGCCAGACAAUGGGGACAGUGCGGAGUUUGUUGCAGACAAUGUGGAGGAAGGUGUGGUCGAGAAAGGGAAGAAUGCAGUCGAGUCAUCCACCACUGGGUCGGGAAUUUCCAAGUCCCGCAAAAGAGGGCGUGCACCUUCUAAUGCUGAUGAUAGUGUGCUGAUUGAUUUGUCUAAUCAGCUGAAGGAAAUAGCUGUGGCUCUGAAAGAAAUCAAUCGGGGCCCGGUGAAUUACACAGCUCUUUACAAUGAGGUAAUGGCUAUGAUGGCGGAUGGGUAUAGCGAAGAUAUGCUCGCAACUGCCUUUGACCAUCUUUGUGAAAAUGAGAAGACAACACGUGGAUUUCUAGCCAAGAAUGCUAGGUUGAGGAAGCUGUGGUUGGAUGGUUUUUUGUUCUCACAAAUUUGA